GUACCGAGUAAUGUGGGGGUGUGCGAACCAAGAGCUUUUCAUCAUUCUGACUCUGAUGGGUCUUCUCGUCCACAUAUAAAAGCAAUGCAUCUUCAAAUCUCACUGAUGGAAUCCGUCGGAAUCAGCAUCUUCUCCGUUCUUUCCUGGAUUCCGCUGCAGUAUUUGUCCACGAAUGUAAGUGAGUUUCUUGUCUAGAUUUCGGAUUGGCUUUACUUGAAAACUUGUGCCGUGUGUGUGUGUGUGUUUGUUUGUGUUUGUUUGCGUAUUCUCUGUUGUAAUGGAGGAGGAUAGGAAUGUUCUGUUUGGUAAAUAUGAGAUCGGGAAGUUGCUUGGGAAGGGAACUUUUGCGAAGGUGUAUUAUGGAAAAGAGUUGGAAUCUGGUGAAAGUGUGGCGAUUAAGGUUUUAAACAAGAAUCAGGUCAGGAAGGAAGGGAUGAUGGAGCAGAUCAAGCGCGAGAUCUCCGUUAUGCGACUUGUUCGUCAUCCGAACAUCGUUGAGUUGAGGGAAGUAAUGGCGACGAAGACGAAGAUCUUCUUUGUAAUGGAUUAUGUUCGCGGUGGUGAACUUUUUGCCAAAGUUGCAAGAGGCAGACUCAAGGAAGAUGUGGCUCGGAAGUAUUUCCAGCAGUUAAUCAGCGCCGUCGAUUACUGUCACAGCCGUGGAGUAUCUCACCGCGAUUUGAAGCCAGAGAAUCUGUUGCUGGAUGAGAAUGGAGAUCUCAAGAUCUCCGACUUUGGACUCUCCGCCUUGCCAGAACAGCUUCGGAACGACGGCCUUCUCCACACGCAGUGCGGUACUCCGGCGUACGUCGCACCGGAAGUACUAAGAAGAAAGGGCUACGACGGGGCAAAAGCCGAUAUCUGGUCUUGCGGUGUGAUUUUGUAUGUUCUGUUAGCAGGAUUCCUUCCAUUUCAGGAUGAAGACAUCAUAACGAUGUUCAAGAAGGUUUUCAAGGCCGAAUUCGAGUGUCCGCCAUGGUUCUCCGCCGAAUCGAAGCGUUUAAUUUCAAAAGUCCUCGUCGUAGAUCCAGAAAGACGAAUCACAAUCGGCGAAAUGACGCGAGUUCCUUGGUACCGGAAAAAUUUCUCAAGAUCGCUCUCAUUCACGAUGAAGGAAAUAAUCGCAGAGAAAACAGAGGAUUUCGAUUCCGAUAGUCCAAAACUAUCGACGCCAAAAUUCUUCAAUGCGUUUGAGUUGAUAUCGUCAAUGUCAUCCGGAUUCGAUCUAUCUAACUUAUUCGAGAACAAAAUGAAGGCAGGAUCCAUGUUCACAUCGAGAUGCACGGUGCCGACAAUCAUGGAGAAGAUCGAGACGGUGGCGAAGAGACUGAGCUUCAAGGUAUCGGAAGUGAAAGAUUUCAAACUCCGGCUGCAAGGUCAGACGGAGGGGCGAAAAGGCAAGCUGUCAAUGACGGCGGAAGUGUUCGAGAUAGCGCCGGAAGUUGCCAUAGUGGAAUUUUCAAAGUCGUCCGGCGAUACUCUGGAAUAUUCGAAGUUCUGUGAAGAAGACGUUCGUCCGGCUUUGAAAGACAUCGUUUGGACGUGGCAAGGCGAUUGUGCCGCUAACGUUGACGGACAUAACGGCCGAUUUGACGGUGACGAACGUUUGUGAAAGCGGAAACAAACGGUGAUGCAUUGCCGGUUUGUGAAAAUUGGCUUCUGUUUUAAUUUCUAAAAACACAUAAAUUUCCUUUGUUUUUGUAAAUAAAAGGAAAUGUUGGAAAGGAAGCUUCAAUUCAAUCCUAAUUGGUGUAAUAAUAACCGGUGGGAUUCCUCGCCCAACCCCCCACCUAAUUGUAAUUAA